UUCCUGACGCUGCUGAUGGAGCAGCUGCAGCGCCCCCCCGCGGCGCCCCCCGGCACAGCCCCCCCGCCGCCGCCCCCUGCCCAGCCCCUCUGCUGCCCCAACCACGACGGCAAGGUGAUGGAGUUCUACUGCGAGCCCUGCGAGACAGCCAUGUGCCAGGACUGCACCGAGGGGGAGCACCGAGACCACCCCACGGUGCCCCUGCGAGACGUCCUGCAGCAGCACAAAGCUGCCCUGCAGCUGCAGCUCGAUGCUGUCCGUGCCAGGCUGCCGCAGCUGUCAGCUGCCAUCGGGUUGGUGUCAGAGAUCAGCAGGCAGCUGGGCGAGCGCCGGGCAGAGGCUGCUGCCGAGAUUGGUGCCACCUUCCGAGAGCUGGAGGAGGCUCUGUGCCAGCGCCGGGCAGAGCUUGAGAGGGACCUGGAGGCCACCUGCGCUGCCAAGCAGAAGGUGCUGCAGGCGCAGCUGGCGGCGCUGCGGCAGGGCCAUGCGCAGCUGCUGAGCAGCCUACGGCUGACGGAGCGAGUCCUGGAGCGCGGCUCGGCGCCCGAGGUGCUGCUGGUGCGGAAGCCGCUGGGGGAGCGCCUGGCGGAGCUGGCGGCGCGGCGCAUGCCCGAGCAGCCCCACGAGAACGCGCAGCUCGAUCUCGCCGCCGACCCCGCGCCCCUGCGCCGCGGGAUCCUGGCGCUGGGCGCCCUGGUGACCACCAGUGCCACCGCGCACCAGACGGUGGCCAGCGGCGAGGGCCUGCGGCAGGCCGUGGUGGGGCAGCCGGCGUCGCUCAGCGUCACCACCAAGGACAAGGACGGGCAGCUGGUGCGCUGCGGCAGUGCCAGGCUGCGCUUCCAGGUGACGGGCGCGGACGGGACGCCGGCGGAGGUGGAGGUGCUGGACAACCGGAACGGGACCUACGAGCUGCUGUACACGGCGCGGGGCGAGGGGGAGCUGCUGCUCUCCAUCCUACUCUACGGACAGCCCAUCCGCGGCAGCCCCUUCCGCGCCCGUGCCCUGCGGCCCUGCGACGUCCCGGCCGCCCCCGACGACGCCAAGCGCAGGGUCAAGUCCCCGGGCGGCGGCGGCGGCGGCGGCGGCGGCGGCCACGUGCGGCAGAAGGCGGUGCGGCGCCCGUCCAGCAUGUACGGCAGUGGCAAGCGCAAGGACAACCCCAUCGAGGACGAGCUCAUCUUCCGCGUGGGAAGCCGUGGCCGGGAGAAGGGAGAGUUCACCAACCUGCAGGGCAUCUGCACCUCCAGCAGCGGCCGCAUCGUGGUGGCUGACAGCAACAACCAAUGUGUGCAG